AUGGACCGGACAGGCAAGGAACCUAGCCCGCACGGGAGCACCCCGACAACAAAAUCUUCCGCCUCAGACGGCAUGGGAAACCAAGAAAACCUCCCCAUGCACACGAGCCGACCGCUGUCCUGUUGGCGCUUUUUGCCUCUCUACACGUUCCUGUACAGCAUCGAGCUGACAGCAUACGCCUACAUCGUCGGGGCCCCGUACAUCCUUUAUGCUCUCAUACGGAACUUGUGGGUUCUAUUUACGACAAUGGCGACAGAAGGACUGGGACUGGGUCUUGUCGCGAUACCCAUUCUGCUGGCCGUGGCUGCAGGGUGGUUUGUGAUGCUCGCAACUUGCGCCUUCGCGUUCACAAGGGCGACACUCCUCCCUGGUACGCGCACUCGCCCCUGGAGUUGGAGAGCCUGGAGCCUUCUGGCCGUUCUUCCCAUGCUGCGAGACCUCGAAUUUCGGAGUCUGAGUCCGGCGCCCAGUCUUGAGGGUAUGGCGGAGAAAGGACUCAUCCGCACCCCGAACCAGAAUGCCACCGCUACCGACCCUGAGCCUCAAUACUACGACCUAGCUAGGACCGACGGGUCAGAGAAGCACGCCGGCAGCGAGCGUACUGAGUUGUCGCCGUGCCGGUUGCGACGAAAAGUCAAAGCGUGGGAAGGAAAGGUGAUAUCAGCUGUGGAACGGUGUGCCACAUGGAAGUUCGAGGAGAGUCGCGAAGUCACAAAGUCGCGAAGUCACAAAGUCGAGUAG